AUGGAUCAGGAGAAGCUUAAGCGCAUGCAGGCGCAGGUGCGAAUUGGGUACGUUGUUUCUGAUUCCUUGAGCGUCUCCUACGCCCUCUGCUCUCCCUCCGACCGGACAUCUGGCACUGUCUUCCUCAGCGGCACACCCCGCAGAAAGACGAAGAAGGUCCACAAAUCCUCAGGCACAGACGACAAGAAGCUACAGACGUCGCUGAAGAAGCUGAACGUCCAGCCCAUCCAGGCGAUCGAGGAGGUCAAUAUGUUCAAGGAGGACGGAAACGUCAUUCACUUUGCCGCACCAAAGGUUCACGCGGCUGUUCCCUCCAACACAUUUGCCAUCUACGGCAACGGCGAGGACAAGGAACUCACCGAACUCGUACCCGGUAUCCUCAACCAACUCGGCCCCGACUCACUUGCUUCCCUGCGCCGUCUCGCCGAGUCUUACCAGAGCCUGCAGAAGAAGGAGGGCGGAGAGACCAAGGAGGGAGAUGACGACGACGAUGAGAUCCCGGACCUGGUCGAAGGCGAGAACUUCGAAGGCAAGGUCGAGUAG